AAUCGAUAUAUUCCCCCCAAUUUGAAACCCUCUGCAAUGGCUUCCGAAUCACCCAAGAAAAACUGGUCAAUUAACGAUUUCGAGAUCGGAAAACCGCUCGGAAAGGGCAAAUUCGGCAGAGUUUAUCUCGCUCGUGAAUCAAAGAGCAAGUAUAUAGUUGCUUUGAAGGUGAUAUUCAAAGAGCAGAUUGAAAAGUACCGGCUGCAACACCAGUUGAAGAGAGAAAUGGCGAUUCAAACGAGCCUUCGGCAUCCGCAUGUUUUGAGGCUGUACGGAUGGUUUCAUGAUGCGGAACGGAUAUUUUUGAUUUUGGAGUAUGCUCAUGGAGGUGAGCUGUAUGGAGAGCUGAGGAGAGCUGGUUAUUUGUCUGAGCAACAAGCUGCUACUUACAUUGCCAGCCUUACACAUGCAUUAGCAUACUGUCAUGAGAAGCAUGUUAUCCAUCGAGAUAUCAAGCCGGAGAACUUGUUGCUUGAUCACGAGGGUCGAUUAAAGAUAGCGGAUUUUGGGUGGUCUGUUCAGUCAACAAACAAGAGACACACAAUGUGUGGAACAUUAGACUAUCUAGCACCAGAGAUGGUGGAAAAUAAAGCUCAUGAUUAUGCAGUUGAUAAUUGGACUUUAGGUGUUUUGUGUUAUGAGUUUCUCUAUGGUGUUCCUCCUUUCGAGGCAGACAGCCAAGCAGAUACAUUUCGAAGGAUUAUGAAGGUUGAUCUCACCUUUCCUUCUACCCCUCAUGUUUCUACUGAAGCUAAAGAUCUCAUCUUACAACUUUUAGUGAAAGACUCUGCGAAAAGGCUCCCCCUUGACAAGAUUUUGAAGCAUCCUUGGAUCAUCAUGAAUGCUGAUCCCAAUGGUUCUUUUCCCGAAUGAACUUUAGCCCAAAUGUGUGUGAAUUUGGUAGCCUAUUGCUGCUGCUUUUUAUUACACUCAAUUAGAGAAUGUCUGAAUAUGGCUCUGUAAUUUGUAUAAUCCUAUCUUUAUGUUAAAACUUUAUUAACAGAUCAGUUUGUAAAUUUCCCAUUCGUAUGGAGAAAAGAUGAACACAAUGCUAAAACGUAUGGCAGAAUUUUUUAUUAUUUAAAAAACUUGGGAAACUA